AUGGGAUCGUUUGGCGACAAACCACAUGCGGGUGGGGAGCACGCAAACAUCAAAGUCAAGAUAACCGUGACAAAUAUCAUGACCAUUUUAGUGGCUGGAAUGGGCAGUUUUAUGUUUGGAUAUGCAAACAAUUCGAUUGCAGGAACACUCGUGCAGACCUCGUUUGUCUCGAAGUUCCUGAGCGGCAGCAAUGCGAACUCGAUCGUCGGAGGCAUCAUGGGAGCGUUCCUGGGAGGUGGUCUGCUCGGGGCGGUGGUUCAGGCACCGAUCUCUAACCACUUCGGACGCCGCAUUGCCACGGGUUCAGCGGCGGUUCUCACUGUCAUAUCGGGCGCUCUCCAAGCGGGGAGUGUUCAUGUCGCCAUGUUCAUCGUGGCCCGUCUUCUUUGCGGGAUUGGCGCGGGAAUCGUCAUCACGAACUGCCCGGUCUACAUGAGUGAAAUCUCGCCGCCCAACAUCCGAGGAAUGCUGGUCGGCAAUCACGCCAUCUCCAUCGUGUAUGCCUAUAUAUUCUCGUCCCUCAUGGCUCUUGCUUUCAACUACGUGGAUGCGCCGUAUCAAUGGCGUCUGCAGUUUGUCCUGCUCACGUUUAUUGGGCUGGUGCUCUUCGUCUCGUUGAUCUUCCUGCCGGAAUCUCCGAGAUGGUUGUGUGAUAAGGGGAGAUAUGACGAGGCCUGGAAGGUCCUCCAACGCCUCCACCAGUCGAAAGAUGACCCGGACGCUCACCUGGCCGCCACGGAAAUGGCUCAGAUCAAGGCACAAAUCGAAACCGAACGGACAUUACCGCGAGGCUAUCUGCAUAUUCUCAGCGCCCCUCAUCUCCGCCACCGAGCUAUAUGCUCCAUUCUCACGUGGAUUAUGGGGCAGUCCACUGGAAUUCUAGUCAUCGCGAACCUUACGCCUGUUCUUUUCGGGAAACUCGGCUUUGGCGUGGUCCUCCAGCUUGGUCUGUCUGUUGUCUGGACGGUCUGCGCUCUGUUAGGAUGCUAUGUGAACGCUGUAUUGAUGGAUCGAAUUGGUCGAGUGAGACUUCUGGUAACUGGUGGCUAUUUAUGUAGUGCCGUUCUCAUCUGCGAGGCGGUUCUCCAGAAGUUCUACAUUGGAGGUACCGACAAGGCCGGGCUCAACGCCGCCGUCGCCUUUUAUUUCCUGUUCAUCUUUGCCUACGGCAGUACGGUGGAUUGCGCCGCGUAUGUCUACAUUUCCGAAAUCUGGCCCACCCACCUCCGAAGCUAUGGGACGACGAUCGGGCUGGUAUCGUUUUUUGGCUGUGCGAUCGCAUAUACGAGCCCGGCCUCGUUGGCCUUUCAACAGAUUGGAUGGAAAUAUUACUGGGUGAUGAUUUGUGUCUGUAUUGCUUCGGCUACGGCUAUUCUAUUUAUAUGCCCUGAGACUGCGAGACUUACUCUCGAGGAGAUCAAUGCCAAAUUCGGAGAUCCGGUAGCCUUACAGUUUGGCUCGGAGCUGCAGUCGGAGGCUGAUGGGAACCUAGAGAAAGAAGAGGAAGCCCAAGUGGAGCAUGUCGGAGUGGAAGAGUAA